UCUUUUAAUUUUUUUUUCUUUUUCCUUUUCAUUUUCUUUUCUACUCUUUGCUGCAAGUUGGGAGGAGGGCGUCUUCCCCGUUCUUCCGGCGGCGGAGACCUCGCCGGCGGCGAGAAAUGGAGCGGCGAUCGAGCGUUCGCUUCGCGCCAUCCGAGAUUGCAAGGAUGGAGAAGUUGGUUACACAUAAAAAGGAACAAGUCUUGGAUGAAAUUUUCUGCCGGAAGCUCGCAGAAGAAUUUAAUUGUUCUCCAGGCCGAGUUGGAAGUAAAGCACUACAGGCUGUGCAGGUUCAAGAAUGGUUCCGUCAAAAGUUCCCUGCAUCAACUGUUAUACCUCCUUGUUUGCCUACUGGCUCUGAAGAAAAGGCUUUAGCCUCCCAAGCAAGUGCACCGGUUUCUGAAGAAAAGCCUCCAUCAUCUGAAGAAAAUGCUUUAGCUGUUGAUACAAGCAUUUCAAAUGAUAUAGGCGAGGUUUCGCCGGAUUUACCUAUAGACAACAUAGAUAAGCUUCCUGAAAUUGAAGACAUGCAGUUCGAGGCUAGGUCUUCAAAGGAUUUUGCUUGGUAUGAUAUCGCCACUUUCUUAGCAUACAGGAAGUUAAGUUCUGGUGAAUUUGAAGUCCGAGUGAGAUUUCAAGGAUUUGGGGCUGAAGAGGAUGAAUGGAUCAAUGUCCGGAAGGCUAUCCGCCUGCAAUCCAUCCCGUUGGAAUCAUCAGAAUGCAAACUCAUCAGGGAAGGAGACCUUGUCCUCUGUUUCAAGGAGAGCAAUGAUGAAGCAUUGCAUUUCGAUGCGCAUGUUCUGGAAAUCCAGCGGAAACAACAUGAUAUAAGGGGGUGCAGAUGUGUCUUCCUUGUCGAAUACGACCAUGAUGGAACCCAGGAGAGGGUGAACCUGAGAAGAUUGUCCCGGCGGCCAAAGCACUCCUGAUGGCUUGUGUCAAACUGUCAAAUACACAUCUGCCUCUUGCCUCUUGCCGUAUGCGCUAAUGCUGAACUAACAGGAACUCCGAACCUAGUUAGGGGCUAAACUUUUUGCUUGGUUCAGAACUCAUUGAUGAGUACAGUAACCCCCCCCCCCCCCCGGUGAUGGUACAUUUCAACCCUCUUUGGCAAAUUCCGAACCUAGUUAGGGGCUGUUCGUGGGGCUGCUUGAUGGCCAAAUUUUGUGCAGUAAUUUGGGAGGAAAAGAGGGGGAUUAGUCAAGACUGAACUGAAGAGCAUAUUACCUCCAAGAACUAACAGGAUUGGACUUUUUAAAUGCGUUGUGUUGGGUGUGAGAUUCCACAUUUCCAUGGAAAAUUCGUAAUGCUCAGCGUUCUCGGCUUGGGUGA